AUGAGCGAAGACGGCAACAUUUCUCAAAAAGUCGAAACACCAAUGAAGGACCACGUGAAAGAGGAAAUUUUGGUGAGUGAAUUCAAUUGUUUUACCAAGAUUGAUGUAUUAACUUAAGACGGUUCUCUGAUUUCAGGAUUUGGUGCCAAAGUUAUACAGUCAACAUGGAGGCGAUCCGAGGCUCUUGGAUAUCUCUCAGUCAGAGGCCAAAUGACGAAAUUGUGUAUUGAUUUUUGUAUUACAGUUGUGUGUUAAUAAGUCGUCUACCAACUGACUUCCUGGCGGAUACUUUUGUCCAAUUUACUGACUGCAUCAAGAAUAUGCUUUCUGAGGAGCACAAACUAGAUCCUUCGCAUUUGAAAAGCGUAAGAAAUUUUAACCUUAAUUUUACCAUCAAGUUGUCGCAAUGGAAUGCUUCUUGUGAUUCUUGAAUGUGUUUCACAUGUAAUAGUUAGAAAUCUGGAAAAUGAUUGAAAGUCACAGGCAAUGAUAUCGGUUCGGAAGUUUUUCUGUUUUCAGGUUGUGCGGAUUCCGAAACUUGAACACGAUUCUCCUAAUCAGGUAAAUGUUUUAUCCUUUCCUCUCUAGUUUGAGUAAAGUGUAGGGAUACUUCACGCAGUAAACACGAGGCCUGUCUAUCCUAAUUGGGCUCUACCAAAGAAAAGCAGAGAGAUGACGGGCAAGAGUGUGUAACCAUUACAGAGUAAUGCUCUACGUGCACUUCUGUGCUUCACAGAGAAGACUCAUAAGUAUCGUAUGAUGGGCCGCAAGAAGGACAUUGAGUCGAGCGGAAUGAAACUUGAGUCACUGGAAGAAUUACCAGCUGAGUUGCUUGAAAUGAGCGAAGAAGACAUUCAUGCACUCGCUGAUUUCGAAAUAACCAACGACGUCGAAGACGAAGAAGUUGUUGAGGAAGUCGAGGAGAAAGAACGCGAAUUCAUGGAUUCUACCAUAGAAAACAGCAACAAACAAGGAGAGACUGAAGACGGGACUAAAAAGGAAGAAGAAAGUGAUGAUAACAAAGGUUCGCUGUUUCGUUUUGAAAAACGUAUUCGAACUGGAUAACUGGUGAUCGACGUCGUGUUUUCUUUUUCUAUGCAAUUCUCUUCAUCUCGACAUCGAGAGUUUGAUCAAAUGAAGACUGGCGUGUUGAUUCCGGGAACAAUUGUCAUCCUUGUAUGGCGAAUCUCCGGAUACCUCACCUUACGCAAUCUCAAUCGUAACUCCGUGGAUGUUCUGAACCAGAACAGUGCGCUUGAAGCGCGCUACUCACCUUUGAGCCGCCCAUUGAAUUGUGGAGCUGGUGAAACAGACUUGCCUUAAAUAAGAAAGUUAUAUGAAGAUGAGCACAAAUACUUUUUUUCGAAUGCGCGCGCUUUUAGGAGAAAUACCAGGAAAUCGCCAUCGGCUUUGCCGGUGUCUCCCUACUGGAUCAGUUGGAAAAGGUGUCAUAAAAAAGUACUAUUAGUUAUCUCCUCUUGAAACUUAACAUGUUUCUACUGUUGAAAAAAAAGGUUUGACAUUAGAAUUGGUAGCCAGCCAAGGACACUCCCCAAAUAGUUUCUGUUGCAUCUGCCAAACGCGUGUCCGAUUUCGCGAGUCCCAUUCUAAUGUCGAACCUUUUUUUUCAACAGUACCAAAGAAUUUUUAUGCCAUCCUUAGAGGGUAAUAGUGUUUCUACAAGUUUGGCGCAAGUCGAUUGACCGGGAUUAUGGCGGGAUGUGAUAAUAGUCUGCGAACAAACAGGCAGACUACUUUAACCUUAGGGGGUUAUUUACCGGGUGUCUGACUUCUCGGUUUUUCGUUUUCAUACAUCGCUGAUUUGAAUUUUUCAACGAAAAAAACAUGCACUGAAUAACCAUUACUACGUAGUACGUACUGUAAUACUAUACCGACUAUAAUAAAGAAGUGAGCGAAGCUUUAAAUCUUCAAUGCAAAGAUCUACAAUCAUGUCCUGUGUCUUAUUUUUUGAAACAAUACCAACGUUAUUUAAGUUAAUGCUGAUGCCGACGAAACUGUUGACAAGAAGAUCGAGACUCCAAAGAAGAAAGUUUACGAGGAUGAGGAUGAGAAAGCUCCGUAUGAAAUGCAUUGGGACGGUGCCCCUGAAUUCCAAUGGAGACGUAAGAAUGAACUUGAUAAUUGAAUAUAUAUUCAAUAUUUCAGUUUGUGAUACUCCUCGAGAUGAGAAAAAGCUGAUAAUUGAUAAUUUGAUGUGGGCGGAUCUGAACAACGUGUUCAUUUAUCGUACUAUUCAAAAAGCAACCUCUUGCGAUAUUAACUUUCCUAUGAGAUUUGCAGCAGAAGGAACCAAACCGACAUAUGGGUGAUUUUUUACGUCUUCGUGUCAAAAAAGUUUUUUUUUGAAGUUCCAGUAAAAUCGUAUUAGAUUACAAUAUAUUUUUCCUGAAUUGCAAUCUAAUAAGAAAAAAUUGCAAUCUUAUUAGAAAACAUUGCAAUCUAAUUAGAAAAAUUGCAGUGAUUGUAAUCUAAUAAGAAGAUUUUGCAAUCUAAUUGAAGCAAAUUCUAUUUCAAACGAGUUCGUAUUAGAUUUCAAAGUUUUCUAAUUAGAUUGCGAUCGAGUUCCCAGAGCCAUGACUUUUUUGCUCAAUGUCAUUUGAGUCAACGACUUCCGCAUUACUCAAUAAUUCUUACUGUGAGUGUCAGUCAGAAUAAAAUAGUUGAAGGGGUUGUAUUACAGUCCAUCUUAUUUUUGCGCAAAACGUGAAGCUUCCAAACAAAUUAGUUUACUACUCCUUAAACGAACACCAUUUGUUUUAACAGGAAAUUGACGCUGUAUUUCCCGGGAUUCGUUGCGAUCAUGGAUGAAGCGUUGAAGCAUUUGAUUUACUUUAGAAGUGGAGAUGGACGACGAAUCAAGGUUUUUCUGCCACAAAGUGAGAAACUUGAAUAAGAAUACAUUUCUGAUAGUUUUUUUUAUAGCUGCCGGGUCGUUAAAAAGAAAAGAAGAAUUUGAAGGCAAACUGGGAAGGCUAAUCAAGCCGACCCCGAGAAUGAUGGAGCUUGUAAUCAAAAUUCUCCCGGAUAACUAUACUCCGAACUUGGACGAUGCAUGCGCUUGGUUCCCGUAUCAAGCGGUUAUCGAAUGUGUUCCAGCCACUGAUGAGAUGGGGUAAUAUAUUAUCGUAAUUAUUUGUGCUUAACCAACAACUCAGGAAGCCUUGCGCUAUUGUAAAGUUCGAAACUGCCGAAGAAGCUGUUGCCGCACACGCUGGAAAGUCGUUUGUGAAUAUAUCUGAAAAAGUACUCAAAACUGAUUCCGACGGAAAUGAAGUAGAGCAAAAUUUUUCAACCAACUGCAAUGUGUUUAUGAGAGGAGGUUUGUUCGUUUUUUUUUCCUAGUAACACAAUUUGACUGUUGUCGCAGCUGCAGCUUUCUAUUUGUGUUUUCCGCCCACUGUUUAUUCAUUGAACCAUUGAAAAGUACAUAGUUUUUUCCGGUUUUUAAUUUGAAUCUAUGCAAUUUCCCACCACUUUCUUUCAGUUGAGGCUCACUUCGGCUCGCUCCUCACAUUUUAUGAUCAAAGGAAGAAAAUUCAAGACCAGCGUGCUAAUCGUAAGAAGACUGGUAAGUGGUCGUCGUUUUCAAACUACACUGCUCCACAUAAUCAUUGUUCCACUUCGAUUUUUCACUGGAACACCCUUUCAGGUCAACUUUUAGAACAGGUUGUCAACAUGAAAAGUGUGUCAAAUUGAAAGGGUAUUCAGGUUAUAAAAUGAAACAAAAAUCUAUUCUCAUGAAAAAACAACAUUUUUAAAUUGAAAAGAAAGGCGAGAAUGCACUCAUAAGUCACUAUUUUUGUAACUCGUCAGUAGAUUGGAGAGUAAAGCUAAAAGUGUUUCCGAUUGAUCUGAAAGCCUUGUGAAAAUGACCGGAAGUGUGCGAAAGCUUGAAAAUUUUCACAUUAAAAAAAAUAAAAGUUAUCACGGUCUCCAGAGCUGAAAAUGGGCGCAAGUGCGCCCCGCCCAAUAGAGCGAUACAUUGGCGCGAAAUUUGUGUUUUUUGCCAGAUUAGCCACGAAAAACCGAUAAUUUCUCAUUUGUCUCUCGAUAGACCGAUUUUAUAGGCUAUUACAAAUUGUUUAAGCGCAAGAGCGUUAAAUUUGGUCAAGUCGCAAAUCACAUUUAUCCGUUUGAAGGUUUUUGGCUAAAACUGCGUGAAUUUCAGUUGCUGUUCGGCGCUCAAAAUGCUUGUAUUUACGUGAUUUAUCAUUCUCAAAACUAAUUCUGUCUGAAAACGGUCAAGAAAGCGCAAAAUGAGAAGUGUGGUUUUGAGGCGGCUAUCGGCGGCAGAGGCGAAAAAUGCGCCAAAACGUCAUUAAUUCUGAGAAUUCGUGUGUUUUCAUGUCGAACAAACAUUUUUCAUCGCCUUUGACCACAAAAAUCAGAGAAAACCUGCUCAAUUCAUGAAAACGCUAUUUGGCUGAGGCCACGCCCAUAUUGUCAGCUCUGGAGACCGUGACGUUAGCUAAAUGUAAGUGCUUAAAGGUAAUACUCUGGUGAAAAGACCGGCAGGGUCAACUAUCCGUGGACCAGCUCAAAAAAGACGUGCUCCGUCUCCGGCGAAACGUGCUAACAUCAAAGAGGUAACACCUCGUGGAUCUGCUCGUGGUGGAGCAUCCAGGACCUCUAUAAGAGGUGGAGGAAUUCAUAAUCAAAGAAGACCAUCAUCUCCGAGAGGCGGUAGAGGUGGUCGUCAAUCUAGUGGAUUGGUUCGUAGUGAGUUUGUUUUUACUUUAUUUUUCUUCUUGGCAUCAUCAUCAUUUUUACUUAAUGAAAAGCUAGUUGACUCUGUCCGUUUCUUUCUUUCUUUGUCCGGUCACUUUCAUCCAUCCGGCCAUGCCCGGCUAGCAGCAAGUCUGAAAUGGAGUUUUACUGUGAUUUGUGUUUUUUUUCCUACUUAGUCGCAUGUUCCUCGACCCUUCAUACUCAGAGUAUAAUACUCUCCGAGUCUCCUAUAUUUCUGACUCAUAAGUUUUUACAGCUACACCGAGGUCAACAUAUCGCCAUGAAUCAUACUCAACCGCGCAACGAGGGCCAGUCAGAACAGAUGCAUUCUCAGGCUACGGAUAGUAAGUUGAUGAAUUUACCUAAAUGACUCACCUAAAUAUAAUAACAAUUUUACCUAAAUGACUCACCUAAAUAUAAUAAUAAUAUAAUAAUAAUUGUUUAUUUGCGCGACAAGUUUUAGAAAUGACAAUGUGUGGUCAUUCGAGGCUCCAAAGUUUCUCAAAGUGAUUGUUUUUGAAAAAGGCGGAGUUAGCGCACUUCUCAUGACUCUCAAAAAAUGUGUGUUUUCCUCUGUAUCAGGCUUUCCCGGAAAUGUCCGAGUUUUCGGACUUUCCGUCGGAAUUUCGGAAUUGAAUUUGUCCGUCUCCGAUUCCGAGCAAUUUUUGAUUCCGACAAGACGUCCGAUUCCGAGCCACUUCCGAAAAAAAGUGCCAAUCGUUUGAGAGAGUCGGGAUUUCUCGUUCUCGAGAGUCUCGGCAUUCUGCGGUUUUCUAGUGAAUUUCACUUUUGAACUGCGAGAGUCUACCCUAACUCUCUCUUAUUCCCGUCCACCAGGCUGUGGUCGAAUUGCUCCUCAUAAAUCUCACUUCAAAUUAGUUUUUCAACGUUUUUUCAAAUGAAGAAGCGCUCUUCGCCUCCGCAAAGAAAAGAGUGACCAAAAGUUUGAUUCCUAGAAAGCCUGCUCUGCACAAUCCCGGUAAUUUUUCUUCGUACAACCUGCUGACCUGACUAUUUUAAAAUGUCGUUAAAUAUCUUGCACGCUGAGUUUUCGUGACGGAAUAAAUUAUAAAUAGGCAUUAAAGAGGCGGUCAACGUAAACAGGAAAGCAUUAUAAGCUUGAUAUUACUAGACUUUCUGACUUGGAAAUUCUGAGGCCCACACUAGGCAAGAUGAUUUUUGAAAUCAGUAUAAUUUGCCAAACCUUGAAUUAUUAGUACUAAAAUACCCUUUUCCAUUUUGAAUUCGAAUUCUACGCAAUAAUACGCGUCCAAAAAUAAGUCGGAUCAUGAUUUUUAUAGCAAACAGAUUUCAUCUUGGAAUUACCGAACGACAGUAGCGUACGUCUGUAAAAACUCUGGAAAUUCGAUAUUAAUCUAAUUAGAAAGUUAUUAUAGGGGCACCGCACAGAAAUGACGCUCUGUUGAGAAACUCUUUUUGCAGUGCAAAUUGGGCGACCUCGGGGCCGAGUUUGAAAAGUUAGGCCACGUUUUCAGUGGAAAAUUACUUCGCGGCCUAGAAAUUCGGCCAGAUUGCGAACAGCGCGCCCUUUCUGUCCGGUGCCCCUAUAAUACUGAUCUAAACGCGACCUAAUUAGAUUCGACAGUUUUUUCUUGGCGCAAUCGAGAUUUGAGCCAGCAGACGGUUGGCGUGAAACUUGAUUUGAGCACAUUUCAAUCUAUUUAGAAUAUUUAUUAAUCUAGCUAGACAAUUUAUUAAUCUAAUUAGGUGUCAUAUCAAUCUUAUUAGGCCGCCGUAUAACUCGAGUAGACUGCGAUUAGAUUAAUAACGAAAUGCCAGAGAAAGGACGAGGCCAAAGUAUACUAUCUUCACGAAUCUUAGAACAGUUUGGGUACUCAAUGUACCCAAUAUCAACCAAAUCAAAGUUAUGAAUUUUUCGCUUUAGUCAAGGCUGGGCAAUUGGCCGGCCCGGGCUUUUCGUUGGCCGACCAUUGAACUGGACUUUUGAACCACUUGCGAUAUUCCGAUCGGACCCAAACUUUGCAGGCUUCUUUGACUUGGAUUGAGGGCCAUUGGGACCAAGUUUCAGCCCGAUCGGAUCGUCAGGUCCCGAGAUAUGUGGAUCAUUGGUCGAUUUUUUCCAAAAAGCCCGGUAAUUUCGGCCAAUAAUCCACAUAUCUCGGGACCGGAUGAUCCGAUCGAGCUGAAACUUUUGUAAUAUUACAGGGACACCGGACAGAAAGGGCGCGCUGUUCGCAAUCUGUCCGAAUUUCUAUACCGCGAAGUAAAUUUCCACUGAACACGUGGUCUAACUUUUCAAACUCGGCCCCGAGGUCGCUCAAUUUGCACUGCAAAAAGAGUUUCUCAACAGGGUGCCAUUUUUGUGCGGUGCCCCUAUAAGUUAUUCUCGACUCCCCGAUUUUUUCACAAAAGGCUUCCAGUUCAUUCAUUUUCAUUCAUGAUUGGGUAUCUCAAUUUUACAUUUCAGUGCCAAUUUCGAGAAUCGGUUCAAUGAGCGCCCUUCAGUCGAUCCUUUCGGACGUCCGGUGUACAACAAUACAGGUAUUGCGCAUUUUUUCUUCUACAAAGUGCUCCAAAACUGGUGAUUUUUAGGCGUCAAAACGGCUGAUAACACUUUUUCGUGCAGAAUUUUUUUGCGUAUUGCAGUUUAAUUUAUGCAAAUCGGGUUUCUGAAUUUAGCGAAGAAAACUUUCAGAGCGGACAAACACUUGUAAAAAAUUUAAAAAAUUGUUUUGAGGAAGGGUGCUAAAAUUUGCAAAAUUUGAUAAAAAGUUAGGCAAUUCUGUCCAUAACAAGGAUGAGCGGGAGCGUGUUGAACGGCCAGGUCCGAAAAAGUUCUGGCUAAAUGAAAUAGUUCGCGAGACGAAGGGGUAGGAGCUUGAGAUCACCAAAAGUACGGAUGCUUUACCUAAAUUUCUGAAUGCCCCUUCUCAGGCAAAUCGUUUCUAAUCUAACUAGCUAUUUCUCGUUUCUAACUGGACCUAGUUAGAUUGCUACAGACUUCUGGAUCUAACUAGCUGAUUUUGCAAUCUAAACAUAAUCUAGCUAGGUUUGCCCGAAAUUUUAAUCUAAUUAGAUAAAUGUUGAAUCUAAUAUUAGUGUUUUUGCAAUCUAAUUAGCUUCGCCAAUCUAAUUAGAAAAUUUAUCAGUCCAGUUAGAAGAAUUUGCAAUCUAAUAGCAGUAAAUUAGCAAUCUAAUUAGGUCCGGUUAAAAACGCGAAUUAGCUAGCUAGAUUACAAACGAUUUACCUGAGUUGUGAAGAUGACUGAUGCCUCCUCCUUAUUAUCUCUGAGAGUUCCAUUCUCCCAAUUCCAAGUUAAUUUUUUUUACAGCUUUCACUACUUCAUUCCAUCGCGAUGAAUCCAGUUCGCGAAGCUAUACCUCAUUCCAAGAGUGAGUUUUUCCUCCAUUUUUGUUUCCAACAUCCCCCGGGCACAUUUUUUCUGGCACUGGCGCGCUACCGCAAUCCCACGUGAAAACCUGGCCGCGGCCGCGAGCUUUUCCAGUUUAGUACAUGGGGAGCGUUAGAUAGUGAUUGUUGUUAAGUUUGUGCAAAAGCUGUGUAAAGUCUACGCAAGAGUUGCCUAAAAUUUGUUUCCCGAACUCGCAACUUUUACGCAGACUUUACGCAGCUUUUGCGCGAAUUUUCGAAACUCACAACUUUUGCGCAGACUUGCAGCAUCUUUUUCUAAUUCAAAUGACGCAUAAUUUGAUUCAAAAUUACACAAAAAAGAUCUGAGUUUCUUUCUGAGAAUCGUUCUAGUUAAAAAGGUCAUACCUGCUUCAGAAAUUUGAAUAUAUUAAGUAGAACUAUUGAGACAAUUUCAGCCGUCGUCGUUACUAA